AUGGAUCUGUGUCUGGACGGAUGUGAUUCGGGCUUGGAUGGCCUCGGCCCCUCGCGGGGCUGGUCCAUGAAGCACGGCCACCGCAAGCGAUUGGACGCUGCGAGCUGCCGGAACCCUAAAAAGAUGGGGAAGGCAAGCGAGGAGGUCGGAUUGGGCCGAUCGGCUGCGAAGCGCAGCGUGAACACUGGCAGCCGUAAUGCGUGGAGGGAUCCAUCGUAUUUGGGCAAGUAUGGUUGCGACUACCAUCCGCAGACCCGCCGCAACAACUUGAGACGGUCGAUGCGGGAGGCGGUGUACCAAAGCGCAGAGCUGGAGAGCGACUGGGAGGACUGCGUUAUUCUGUCUUUGGAGCAUGUUGGUUCGUUGGAGGCCAAGUGGGAGGAUCUGGAGGUGGCAUCUGUCUGCUCCUCAACCACAGCAGGCUUCGGCACCGCUUCCACUGCUUCCGACUUUGGCUGGGAGUUCCUGGAGCCAAUCACGCCGAGCCGCCCUUGCGCUCCAAAGAUCGAUAUCUCCCCAUGGCAGGCGGCCCUGCGCCGAGCGGAGCGAGGGGCCAAGGAGUACGUGGCAAAGGUGGUGAAUGUGGCAGAAGGCAAACGCAAAGAGUCAGCCGAAAAGAAGAAGGCUGCUCUAAGCAAUGAAGCGAAAUUUCUCGAUGACCUGGGUCGCCUUCAUCGGGCGCGUGUACAUUAUGAUGAUGCGAGCUUGAAAGAAGCAGCUCCAUCCUUCGAAAAGCUGCGGUGGGGAUUCUUCAAAGACUUCGGCCCCUCCAUCUGCUCGGCUCUCUCAAGCUGCUACGAUGGAGUCUGGCAUCUGAGGCCUGCACCGAUUGACAAGGAAGUGCAGCGGGUGUUUAUGGAUGCGCAUCGGGCCUCCAAGAAGCCGGAUGCACUUCAACCAGCACUGCAUGGCACAAACCAGUCCAAUCUCGGCUCCAUCUACUCACGCGGCUUGCUGAUUCCUGGGAAUCACAAUGGUCUUAGGGUUGUGAACGGAUCGGCCUAUGGGCUCGGCAUCUACACAGCCUAUGUGCAUCAGGCAAGCAUGUCCAUGAAUUAUUCCCGGGGCCCUCUACGGCCGGUGCUGGUUUGUGGUGUGAUUGACGAGAAGAGCGGAGAGACUCAACCCAUGGGUCGCUCAGGAGACGUGUACUAUACCAGCCACGCUCGCAUCUUCUACAAGGAGGAGCUGGUGGCGCCUUUGUUCGAGGCGACAGUCUCAGGAGGCCAUGCUACAGCCGGUGCUGUGCUGCUCCCGCCGGUCCGUCCACAUCGUGCGAGAUGCUUGGCUCGUCUCCGGGUACGGGCUCUGGAGCUAGCAGAAGACAGGAAAAGUAAGCCAAAGAAGGGCUUGAAGGGGCCGCGGACGCGGCUGAAGCCCAAGCCGGCGGCCUCGACCAAGGUUUUGUCCUCUGCGCAGGCUUUCCUGGCCCGACGUACGGUGCGCAGGCGCCAGCCCUGA